CUUUCCUGAAUCUUCGCUCGACGGUGCCAACUCGUCGCACAAUUGCCCGUCGGGUCACAUUUCCCGAGUAUACUCAUUUCUGCGAACCGCCACGUGCGACAUGGUCUGAUUCGUGUGCGCCUGCUGCGAUGCCCAACGAGGAUUCACCAUCGUCAAAAGAGGCAGCCCUGCCCGCGUCAGCAGUCGUGACGACAACACCAAUGACCACGGCGGAGGCGGUGGUGGAGAGCGACGAAGCCGACGAAGCCAAAGAAGCGUCAACACCGUCGGCGCCAGCGACAGCAGCGCUGCCUCCGGUCUCAGCAGCGUCGACCACAUCAGCACCCGUACCCGCAUCCGCGCCGCCGUCACCGCUGGACGCAUUUCCUUCGUCCUCAACACCUCAAGAAAUAUCUCGCCAUGUUUCCCGUUCAUCAUCGCCCGGUAUUUCUCGCUUGGAUGGCACGCCGUCGCAUCUCCUCAAACCUCUCCUCUCCCUCUCUCACUUCUCCACUCCUCCUCCCGCCGUCCCUGUUGCACUCCGCUCUCCCUCCCCGGCCCUGCAAUCUCCGGCCUCCCCAAGGAUACCGUCUUUAUUUCCUCCGGAGGUGCGUGGCCGGCCCGGGAUGUCCGAGGAAAGGAUGGAUGCCUCCACGAUGGUUCCAACGCCGACGGACGAACGUGCCGUGGCAGCUCCGGUCGCAGAUUUGCAGGACUCUCCCAGGACACAAGUGCCAAGGUCGAGCGAUGAAGCGAUGGCCCAACCGUCUCUUAUUGAUUUGUCCGUCAUGAGUGUCGGUCAAUUAAUUCGUUCGCAAAGAUAUCAUCGACGAAAGACCCACCUGGCUCAGGAAAACCUCAACCGGCUCCAGACAGCCGCGGCUCGAACGGUUCGCUUGGCUUGUGCUGCACGCUCGGCCCAUCGUACAUUCGCCGAAUGUAUCAGACUGGAAGACAAAGCCAACUUUGCCAAUCUUUUAUAUGCUUUCCAUGAUGCUUCCGAUGCCUGCUUCUUCCCGGCCGACUCCGUCGAUUUGGAUAUUCACGAAACGCCGCUGUUAGGACCCGGUGUAUCUUUCCUCGAUGGCCUUUCCUCUCCUUCUCGUGAUACAGUUCUGGACCUGCUGUCCAGGUUGAGGUAUGAUGGAGCAUUCGUUGCUGACCGCUUGUCCUCCCUUACGCAAGGCGAGGCUACAGCAUUACUUUCUAAUCGUUGCAACCCUCGUUCCACGGAGACUUCAAUCUUCGGUGGCAUGUCCAAGGUCAGUCCGCGGGCUUCCAGCGCUUUGGGUCCUCUCGCGGAGUCUCAAAUGGAGCUGCUAGCAUCGCAGGGCUUUGGCAGUCCGUUAGAAAUGUUGAUAUACGUCCCGAGGAGUGUUACGAAAACCGACCCAGGAGAAGAUGAUAUGUCGACCGAGGUCUGGUCCCAUGUGUGUGCUAGAAUGAUCACCGAUCGCAACCCGGUGUGUGAAAGAUUCCUUUCUACAGUGUUCGACGUUUUUGCACGAAUGUGCCCCUGGCCUGGAAAGGAACGUCUUGAAGUUUGGAUGCUUCAAACACUCCAGCAGGGAGCAUUCCUGCUGGAAGGUCCACCACCAAGGACGUUCCGCGCCCGCAUGGAAGGUGAGAAGGACGGCGGAGAUGAGUAUGAUGCCCGCAAGGAUGCAUUUUAUUCAAAAAGUGCACAGUCUUUACUGGAGCUACUGGCCGACCCAAAUGGAGCGAGCGUCCUGCCACCGGGAGCUCUAAGGAUAUGUCGCGCCACGAGCUCUAACCUACAGGCAUCACCCGAAUUACAACAUGACUACUCACAUGCAGUGCUAUUGAAAUGGCUCACUUCAGAUUUCCUGAUAGACGCUAUUGUGGCACCUGAGGCCCAUGGAAUGUUGACUGACCAUCAUUUGUCCGAUGUGGCUCGUCAACGGAUUCUUCUUGAAGUGGCGAAGAAGUGUCGGGAAGUCGUAUAUAAUGUCUUGUAUUCAUGGCGAAAAUUUGUCGGCAUUGUCUCGCCAGAGAUGACCCGCUCUGUGCAUGCUGUACUGCACAGACUGCGACACUCGCCGUCCGCUGUCAGUCUGAACGCGGUGCAAUCCGUUCGACUGUCACCUAAACAGCCGAUACGGGCGGAAAAAUUUCUCGUUCUCUCUGUGACGGAAGCUCUCUCUAUCGUCAAUGCGCUUUAUCCACGGCAAAGACCAUCGUCCGCCUCCUCAAAUUCUAAGCAUUUUAGAUCAGGCCCAGGGUCGUCGGCAUCUUCAAUAUCGGGAUUAUCACUUUUUGGCAGCCCUGCCAAGUCAAUGGAAUCGCGCGAAGUUUCCAGUUCGUGGAUGCCUGCAAUUCCGCCGCAUGUCGAACCUACGCGAAGAGACCGUGUGCCCGAACAAGCCUUGAAGCCAGAGGUUUAUAUGGAACUAGAAGAAGUUGCUGCCAUAACCACCCGGACCUCAAGGCAAUACUGGAACGUUGUUCUCGCGCGCUCUCGGAGCCCAAAUUUAUGCACAAUGCACCAGGGAUGGGCCACCCUUUCUGACGGUACUAUCGUCCAAGACAAUUUGAAUGGCCCGGACAUGCCGGGAAGCCCCAUUGGUCUCCCUCUUGGGGAAGCGUUCCAUGCGGCGAGAGAAGCUGUCGACAUAAUGCUACAAUACGCGACCGUGAAUGACUACAUGGACAGCACACCAAGCCCUGAACACGAUAGCAAGCCGCAUGACCAAAUUCAAUCAUUGUUCAGCCAGAUCAUAUCUGACGAGCAAGAAGGCUCCGAGUUUCUAUCGUCCCAUGCAUGGCAUUGCAGACUCCAGGACUUCCUAGCUUUCGCCCCAGUAGGCAGUGAUCCAGAGCUUGUGCACCUUCUGCUUGGCGACAUCGCACGAUCUGUCCAGCGGUCUAUGGAACGAUUUCAAAUCCACCAGGCAGGAUGCGAACAUUGGGCAUAUCUCCUACGGCCUUUGACCAAACUCCGAAGCGAACUUAUAUUCUCGACUGCCGAUCUCAAUGAACGUUUAAGGGACAAGAUGUGGUACGUAGCUGACGUAAGGGCAUCAGCACAGUUCAACGAUGCCAUUGCGGUUAUGAAAGCGCUACGCACCAUGGGCAAAGCCAAAAAAGGUGCUCACUCCAAUAUUCCGUCUGCCGCACGACCAUGGAGCUCCACAAGACCAUUGGGGGUGAGCUUGCACCUGAAAUCUGAUGAACAAAUAUUUGAGCUGCUCAGUGCGAAGGUGUCGCGCGGCGGUCCGAACAAACUCACCGACGAUAUGGCUCGCUUGACCUCUGUUUGGAUGGAGCGCCAAGGUAUCGACAAUCUUUGCGCAGGUGAGGAGCGACUUCACAAGCUCUGCAUGGAGAUCAGGAAAUGUGUCGAUGCUAGCACGGCCAAGGACGCAGCAGAAGAUUGCUCACUGGGCGGGAAUGUUCUGUUCGCUAGGGAUGGCUCUGUACCACCUCGGCCGGCUCUACACUUUACCCCGUCAAUGCUGUCUCUGAGCAGUCAACAUAACUCUACAGGGACCGUGAGAUCGCUCAACCUGCACAGCAACGCUCGAAGCCUGGAUGCAAUUUCAAACGCUUCUCAUACUCUAUCAAGCAUGAGCUCCCGCGACUAUCUCGACUCUCGCAGCCCGACGCUAGCCACGCGCUCUUCCACGUACUCCAAUGCUACCACAGAAGCGGCAACUGCUUCGAGCGUCACAAGCAUGGGUACUUCGAACACUCAAUCAGCGUAUACCCCGACGGCGCGCGGACGAUCUGGCAGACAUAGGCUGCUGCACCCAAAUGCAGCCGAUCGACUCCGGGAGAGGCUCACUAGCCUUUUGGUCAGCGACCUCACAGCACACUUGUUUGUCGAUGGCAGCGAGACAGAUCGCGCCUUCAACACAGGUCUUGCAGCCGACAUUGUUGAGAAACACCGCCGUGCCACCACACAAAUUCGGUUCAACGCCUACGCUGCUCAGACCGGAGCAGAUCUUAGAUCAACAUCACCUAUGUCGAUUUCAAAGUUUGAUUACAACGCUGCAUUUGCAGGACUCUUACGAAAAUUUUCGGCUUUCUCAAACCCUGCCACGAAGCUCGCUUGCUUGUAUGAUAUGGAUAGAUUGAUUGUGCCGUACAUGGCCGAGCGAUUGGACGAAGAACUGUCGCAGUCCUCGCAUAGCACCUCGGGCGCCACACCAACUUCAGAAUCGCGCCUGCGCGCCAAAUACACGACCGAAGCGAAUGUACGCGGCUUCCGCGAUAUCUUCUCCCAGGCCUCCCUGCGGCCGCUGACCAUUUUCCGCGAUCUACAAUUCAUUGCAGCUCUGACGCCCUCCUCGGUCUUGCAGAACACUGCCUCUGGCAAGGCCUUUUGCAACGCUGCUGUUGCGCUAAUGGACCUCAAGCACGAGGCCAGAACCAUCAUGAUUGAGACCGCAGAUAGUAUCAUUGCGCAUGUCACGAGUCGCCGGGGUCAUGAGCGAGCGUCGUCUACCGCGCAGCUGCAACGUGAUGAAGCAGUCUUCAGCACGCCGGCACGCACGCCGCCAGCCGCGGACAUUACACGCUAUGGUAUGGCCGAUGCUGCAUAUUUGCUGCAAAUCGCGGCAAAGGAGGGUGAUGCCGUCGCUCAGCGCGAGUUAGCCACGCUGUACCUGACGCAUCCGGAAGUCAUGGACCUAAUCAUCGCACCCUUUUCAUUGCCACGUGAGGUUUUCAAAGAAGAGUUAGAAACCAAGUGGCGUCGCAGUCAAGAUCCGAAGCGGUAUGAUCCCGUCACCAUGUGCGUUGCUCAUCAUUGGAUGAGCCUCAGCGCAAAAGGCGGUGAUACCUUGGCGACCGAGUUCUUACGCCAGCGGGAAGAGAUGGACAGUUUCUAGCAUCGAUCGUGUUCGCAUCUUGUCGACUUCUAUCCAUGCUAGAUUACGCACUUGAGAGAGGCAUGGUUUGUCUUCGCGACAUAUACAAUACAGUGGCGCUGGCGCAAUUGUACAUUUGAGGAGACGCACUUUUACUGUUUUGGCACAUGUCGGGAUUGUGAUACCCAGUGGAGGACUGUAUGGAUGCCGAGGAAUUAUUGUCGGAAAACAUAUAUACAUGCCUUUGUCUUUCUAUGUUUCGCUCGCUUGUUAUGACGAGUCCUAAGGUUGCAUACGAGUCACCAGUGAUCACACAGCGGACUGUGUUGGGUCACGCACUGGCGCUACAAUAAUUGUUAAACACAUUCCAAGG